AUGAAUGCAGUUUAUCAGCAUUUAAUGGUAUUUGAGACGUCGGCCGCGUCAGUGCCUAGAUCGCUAGCAAUCAGUGCACAUGUGUCUGCAACUGCGAAUAAAACUAUGACUGACAGGAACAGUGACCAGGGCACGCUCAGCUCCCCCCACAACCCAGAAUGUCCACAGCAGUACUGGACACUCAAGGGGUACGCAAACUUUUAA